UCAGAAAUAGCUGCGCGAGGGUGCAGAUCGGAGCGCCACUCCCACUUUUACCUCGCUCCAAACCAGGCUCCCUGCGCUGCUCUUCCUGCAAACCCUAGAAAUCCGUAUGAUUCUUCCGCAGUAGCAUUGUAAGGAUCGCAAUAGCAUACGCAAGUGUCGAUUCUGGCUUCUGGUGCUUCGGCAUGGUUGCGCAGUCGCUUUGUUGCAUGAACACCGUGUAUGAUCGCGUUGAUAGUCCUGGUGUCGAUCAACGAGUUGCGGUUGACGAUGAGUGUUUCAUGGUUUCCGACGUCAAGGGCGGGGUUGACACUCCGGUCGAUACGGACGGUGCGUCGUCUGGAAGGAGGACUAGUGCUAGGAUUCGAGAAAGGUUGAAGAACAAGGAAGCCAUUCUUCCAGCCAACCACGUUCGUCACACCGAGGAGUCAGCUGCUCGAAGCAAGAAAAUAAAGGUAUAUCAUAGGCGAAAGGGGAAAGCUCAGAAUGCCGGUGCUGAAACGAUGGAACAGAGAGUUCCGGAUAUUGGUUCCGAGGCCCUGAAUUUGAAUGAAGCGGUCGAUGCUGCUUAUGUUCAGGGUUUACAAGGAGUUGCGGAAAAAGGGAUUGUCGGUGAAGGUGCUUUAGCCAAUGGGGUUGAGAUAAGUGUGCAUGCAAAGGUGAAGGAGACUAUAAGGACAUUUAACAAGCAUUUUCUUCAUUUUGUGCAGGAGGAGGAGAAGAGGUGCAAAAAAGUGGAGAUUGAGCAAAAAAGAGUGCAAGGUUCAAAAUCCAAGAAUGGAGAUUCGCCUGAAAAAAAUCUUAAGCGGUCAGCCAAGCGUCCUGAUUUGAAGGCAAUUACCAAGAUGAUUGAAACCAAUUCGAUAUUGUACCCUGCAAAACAAUUUGGUCCCAUUCCAGGAGUCGAUGUUGGAUAUCAGUUCUUCUCACGGGCUGAAAUGGUGGCUGUUGGUUUCCAUUGCCAUUGGCUGAAUGGAAUUGAUUAUAUGGGAAAAUCUUAUGAAAGGGAAUAUGUUGGAUAUACGUUUCCACUUGCAGUAUCUAUUGUUAUGUCGGGACAAUAUGAGGAUGACCUGGAUAAUUCUGAGGAUGUUGUCUACACAGGUCAAGGUGGGAGUAAAUUACUUGGUAACAGCCAUCGAGUACACGAUCAGGUGUUGGAGCGUGGUAAUUUGGCACUCAAGCAUUCUAUGGAUCAAUGUGUACCUGUCAGAGUAGUUCGUGGCCAUGGCUCUGCAAGCAGCUAUGUUGGCAAAGUUUAUACAUAUGAUGGCUUGUAUAAGGUUGUUCAACAUUGGGCUGAGAAAGGUGUCUCUGGAUUCACUGUUUUUAAGUAUCGUCUUAGGCGGCUUGAAGGGCAGCCUAUUUUGACUACUAACCAGGUUCUAUAUAGGGGACGUGCACCUAAGUCCAUUUCAGAAAUACGUGGGUUGGUAUGUGAGGACAUCACUGGGGGCGAAGAGGAUAUUCCCAUCCCAGCUACCAACUUGAUUGAUGAUCCUCCUGUUGCGCCUGCAGGUUACAAAUAUUGCAAGUCAAUUCAAGUUUCAAAAAGCGUAAAGGUCCCCACAAAUGCUACUGGAUGCGAUUGCAAAGGAACUUGUAUAGAUCCCAGUACCUGUGCUUGUGCUAAACUUAAUGGCUCCGACUUUCCUUAUGUACAUCGUGAUGGUGGCAGACUAAUUGAAGCCAAGGCUGUUGUAUUCGAGUGUGGCCCAAAAUGUGGCUGUGGACCUGGUUGUGUCAAUAGAACAUCUCAGAGGGGGUUAAAGCACCGACUUGAGGUUUUCCGUACUCCAAGAAAAGGGUGGGCUGUUAGAUCUUGGGAUUACAUUCCAUCUGGUGCACCAGUUUGUGAGUACACAGGAGUACUGACAAGGACAGAUGAGUUAAAUGCUGAUACUGAUAACAAUUAUAUUUUUGACAUUGAUUGCUUACAAACGAUGAAGGGGCUUGAUGGACGAGAGAGGCGAUUGCGAGAUGUAUCUAUGCCUUUAAGUAAUCAUUUGGAAAAGCCUGAUGAUCAGAAAUCUGAAUGCGUGCCAGAGUUUUGCAUUGAUGCAGGCUCCAUUGGAAAUAUUGCCAGGUUUAUUAAUCACAGCUGUGAGCCAAAUCUUUUUGUUCAAUGUGUUCUGAGCUCACACCAAGAUUUCAAACUUGCUCGAGUUAUGCUUUUUGCUGCUGACAAUAUACCUCCUAUGCAGAGAAGAGAUUUUGCUGCAGUUACGCUGUGGCCGGAGGUGUGCUCGUGUGGCAAUCCAAGCUGAUUGAAGCAGAGUGGAUGGGGUUUGUCCUGGGAAAAGAGCUCCAAACUACUUGAAUGCAAAGGGAUCUGUGUUUUAUAAAUCCCUCCCCUAAAUAUAGCAUUUUGAACCCAGACAUGUGACCUCUUGGCCAUGUUCAGACUUGUCUGAGGCAUGUCUUGAGAAAAAAGUACUCUUUAAAUUUUCUGACGUGUCUUGAAAAAAUGUCUUACAUGCCUAGUCCUGUGUUUCGGACCAGGAAGUUCUAGUCCCAGAUUGGGAUUUGUAUGAAUUUGGAUAUAAUGCAAUUCUAAAUUAUAUUGGGUUUUUUUAAAAUUU